AGGAAACUAUGCCAAGGAAGUAAACCAACAGCAAGGAUUUCUUGAAGCACCACUUGUGGACUUACAACAAACAGAGCGGACCGGGCUGCUGGUCCCAGAUUGGAAGGGCAAGCAAGAAGCACUGCCGGAAUGGGCUGCUAUCAUUUCCCUGUGGUGCCCCUUUUAUUACUGUGUCUUCCCUGCUGCACCUGGACCCAUGGUGAGUGACUGCAGCCAAGUCUCACUGACUAAUGCAUAGCAACGUGUUGGGGGGGGGGGAGAAAGGUGGCUUUGGAGGGAAGCUGGAGUUCCAGAACCAGCCAAAUCCUUGCGUUGGUUCAUACACGAACCAGCUGUUAAUAACCCUUGGCUAAAGAAAGCAAAAACCGUAGGAAUGGAAACGUGUGUUUUUGUGGCUCGUGUAAAAACAUGGGCGCAGAAUUACUCAAGAUCAGCGAAAAACUAGGGAGCUUGUCCCUUGUACCACGAGGAGUAGCUCAUAACUUUCAGCUAGAAGGGGCAUGAAAUGCUUCUGCAGGGACAGCAGUACAACAUGGAGUAAAAUAGGCAGAGAAGAAACCAGUUCACAACAGAACCAUCUUCCUGGCUCAGUUCUGUCUGUGGCAUAUUUUACUUCCACUGCGCCAUGCUCCCUAGGGAUUUUAGCCACUUUGGGAACUGAAUAGCACCACGGUUGUAUUUUCCUUUCCUUUCCUGGGAGCUGUUGAAAUACGCUGGAGUGUUGUAACAGGCAAAGCCCCAGGGUACUUUGGACGAAACUGCUGCUGCUGCUUUCUCUUUUUGGCAUGGAUUCUAAGGCUUGCCUCUAAGGCUUGCUUCAGGAAUCUCUUUUGAACAGUUGGGUGGAUGUCCAUUUCAUAUCGGUUUCUUCUCUAGUUGUUCUCUGGCGAGGAGGGAAGGCAUGCAAAUUGAGGGUAAGCCACUGGAAGCCCGGGGCCAAAUCUGCCCCCACCUGAGGUGUCCACUUGUCCACCUGUUGCACAGUUGCCAGUGUAGAGACAAGUGUGGUGUGCGGAUGGAGCAGUAGCUGAAAUCCAAGCAGGAUAACCCAGGUGUAGCCCGGGGGCUCUCUAUCAUCCCUUCCUAAUAGCGUCCCUUGCAUUCAGCUGGUUGCUGACCUUAAAGGUAAAGGGACCCCUGACCAAUUAGGUCCAGUCGUGGACGACUCUGGGGUUGCAGCGCUCAUCUCGCUUUAUUGGCCGAGGGAGCUGGCGUACAGCUUCUGGGUCAUGUGGCCAGCAGGACUAAGCCACUUCUGAUGAACCAGAGCAGCGCACGGAAACGCCGUUUAUCUUCCCACCAGAGCGGUACCUAUUUAUCUACUUGCACUUGACGAGCUUUCAAACUGCUAGGUUGGCAGGAACAGGGACCGAGCAACGGGAGCUCACCCUGUCGCGGGGAUUCAAACUACCAACCUUCUGAUCGGCAAGUCCUAGGCUCUGUGGUUUAACCCACAGCAGCACCCGCGUCCCUGGUUUCUGACCUUGGGAUCCAGCAAAUGGCCUAAGAACAAUAGUAGCUGUAGCACAACUGAACUAAGAACAUAGGGGGCUUCUUUAUAUUAAGAGACUCAAUACUGCCUACACUGGCUGGCAGUGGCUCUCCAGGUUGCAGAUUGGGAUCCUUUGGAGAUCUUCCUGGGGACACCAGGGAUUGAACCUGGGAUCUCCUGAAUGCAAAGUGGAUGCUCUAACCCUGAGCUGCACUCGUUCCCAAGCUAUGCUAGCAGAAAUGUUUAUUAGCAUUAAACAAGUCAGUAUACAACCAUGAGCGUUUCAUAGGAAGUACACAAACAGCUGUCUACUCAGAAGCAGCUCACAGUUUAAGGCAGACAAACGGGGAGAAACUGAGGGAUUGAUGAUUCUGAGGAUAAGCCAAAGGCCAUGCAGGGAAAUGUGGGUUUUAAGGGGAGUUUUGAAGGGAGGGAGAGAGGUGCUACACUACAGGGGAGCCCAGUGAGAGACACAAAGGGAUGCUUAUAAUCCAUGAAUAUUUUCAGAAGAAAACAAUCUUUUUAAAAAAGGUUGCUGAGCUGGGGUGCAAACUGUGUGAAGGAUGUUGCCAUAUCCCAUGUCAGAAUUUUUGUCUGUCUGGCCAAGUAUGGAAUUCUAAAAGAAAUUUUCAGUUUCUGGAGAAGGUGAGCUCUUUCUGUGCCACAGUGCAGAACUCGAUCUCACUUCUCUUCCUCCCCAGGUGCAGCCACAGUUCACUCUGCCUUCACAACGAGCUCCAGUCUCACCUCCACACCACAGACAAAUGCAUCAGAGAAAUCCACCGUUCCAUUGCUAAGCAGUUCCAGCACACACCCCUCAACAACAGGGACUGCCCCAGGUCCUGACCCAUCAUCCUCUUCGGGUAAAAGCGCUGUUCGGAUCACAGCUGAGGAGACCACCACUGCUAUUUCAGAAGGGACUGUCAGCCCUGCAGAAGAAACCACCCAUUCCCAAGCAAAAAUGUCCACAGAAGAAUUACCAGUCCCCUCAUCAGCUGUACCCACACCUGGAAGCUAUUCUACCACUACUAGGCCAUCUAGGUUCACCCUGGUAACUUCUCAUUCCACCUUCGCAGGUGAAGGCUCUCCUACCAUCAACACUACGGCCAAAGUCACUUCCAGUUCUGUUGCUCCCACCAUUUCACAAACCACAACCAGCCCCAGUCUCACUAGUACAGAACCAAAGGCAAGCUCAGCAACUCAAUCCACCACUGUCCCAUUGCUAAGCACACUGCCAACCACGGAUGCCACCAUAGUAGCUGACUCCUCCACCUCCAUCAGCACUGCAGUAGAAGACAGUAGCUCAACAAUGGCAGUAUCCUACAGUUCAGAAGAAGCCACAUCUGCAGAAGAAACCGCCACCCCAGCAACAGUUCAUCCUUCAUCCUAUCCUGGUGAAAUGAACACUGAGCCCACACCUUUUAUCCAAAGAAGUGCAGGCACUUCAACAGAGUUCAUUUCCCCAUCACUAGCUAAGACCACGGAUGAAAGUACCACCACUACUGGCACACCGCCAGAAAAGACCACGUCAACAGGCCUCUCUUCCACCACCCCAGCGAGGUCCAGUAGCACUGAGCCAACACUCAGCCAACAACCAACGUUCCUCUUCUCUUCACUGCAUGAUUCGACAGCUAUCACUGGCACUUCAGAAGCUGGAAUCAUGGAUUCUACUACUUUGGAAGAAGAAACAAGCCCUACAGUCCUAUCUUCAGCCUCUCAAGACAAAGCCACGCCCAUCACAGACUCUGCUGCUACUUUGCAUACCAUAACCACAGCCAAAAGUAUUGCCACCCCCAGCACUGGAGCAGAAAGAUCCAUGCAGGCAUCUGUCUCUUCCACAGAACAUCCACAAAUCUUCAGCACCACUGUAGAAGUCACCUCCACAGCCCUUGCAUCCACACUCUCAACUGUUUCCCCUCCAUCCACAUUCACUUCUGCAGCCCUGCAGCCCCGCACCAACUCACCUCGGACAGUUGCCGCUGGCAGUUCAACAUCUGGAAUGACCACCAGCCCUGGCGCUUUAGGUGAUGUGGCUAGCAGCCCUACACCUGAAAUCCCAGAAGCCACCAGCACUAUGAUUGUAGAAACUAGCUCAAGAUCCCCAUCGCUAGCUCCUCAAGACAUAACCACAUUCGAAACCACAAAGCGUAGAGAACUGACUUCAGCGGAGGAGACCACCACUGCUUUUUCAGAAGUGACCAUCAGCCCUGCAGAAAAAACGUCAGCUGAGCCCUCCACAUCCGAAACUGCUGUGACUGCCACAAGGCUCAACACUUUGUCAGUCUCCAGUCCGUCUUCCUCUCCAGGUAAAUCCACAGCUCAGCUCACAACUGUUGCAGCACACAGUUCUCUCUCACCAACUGAAACGACAUCUGAAACCGGCACUCCAGCAGUUGUGACUUUCAGCACAACAGAAAAGAUCACCACCUCCAUUAGCAGUGCAGUAGAAGACAAUAGCUCAACGCUGCCAGUAUCCUACGGCACAGAAGAAGCCACAUUUGCAGAAGGAACCACCAUCCCAAAAACAGUUCAUCCUUCUUAUCCUGGUGAAACGAGCGUUGAUCCUACAUCUUUUAUCCAAAGAAGUGCAGUCACUCCAACAGAAUCACUAGCUAAGACCACGGAUGAAAGUACCACCACUGCUGGCACACUGCCAGAAGAGACCACGUCAACAGGACUCUCUUCCACCACCCCAUCAACUGAAAUCACAGGUCAAACAGCGAGGUCCAGUAGUACUGCUCCAGAAGUAACACUCAGCCAAAAACCAGCCAAAAACCAACCAAUGUUCAUCAGCAUUGCAGUAGAAGACAAUAGGCCAACACUGCUGGCAUCCCACAGUCCAGAAAAAGCCACAUCUGCAGAAGGAACCUCCACCCCACCAACAGCUCCUUCUUCCCAUCCUGGUGAAACCACCUCUGAGCUCACAACUUUUAUCCAAAGUUAUCAAGCCACUUCGACAGCACUCCUGUCCCCAUCACUAGCUGCAACCAAAGGUGAAGGUAGUAUCCCUGUUGUCACAUCGCCAAAACAGACCACAUCAACCACAACUGAGCUCACAGCCACAACUGGAAGCUCCCCUGCCCUCACCUCAGGACCGCAGAUGACUUUCACAACUACCUCCAGAGGUGAAGCUUUAUCUACCACCAGUAAAACUGCCAAGGUCACUUCAACAGUUGCUUCUUCCACCAUUUCACUGCUCCAAACCACAACAAGCAGCCCCAGUCUCACUACUACAGCACCAAAGGCAAGCUCAGCAGCCCAACCCACCACCUCAUUGCUAAGCACAUUGCCAGCCACGUCAGCUGAGCCGUCCACAUCCGAAACUGCUGUGACUGCCACAAGGCUCAACACUUUGUCAGUCUCCAGUCCGUCUUCCUCUCCAGGUAAAUCCACAGCUCAGCUCACAACUGUUGCAGCACACAGUUCUCUCUCACCAACUGAAACAACAUCUGAAACCAGCACUCCAGCAGUUGUGACUUUCAGCACAACAGAAGAGAUCACCACCUCCAUUAGCAGUGCAGUAGAAGACAAUAGCUCAACGCUGCCAGUAUCCUACGGCACAGAAGAAGCCACAUUUGCAGAAGGAACCACCAUCCCCAAAACAGUUCAUCCUUCUUAUCCUGGUGAAACGAGCGUUGAUCCUACAUCUUUUAUCCAAAGAAGUGCAGUCACUCCAACAGAAUCACUAGCUAAGAUCACGAAUGAAAGUACCACCACUGCUGGUACACCGCCAGAAGAGACCACGUCAACAGGCCUCUCUUCCACCACCCCAUCAACUGAAAUUACAGGUCAAACAGCGAGGUCCAGGAGCACUGUUCCAGACGUAACACUCAGCCAACAACCAACUAUGUUCAUCAGCACUGCAGUAGAAGACAAUAGGUCAACACUGCUGGCAUCCCACAGUCCAGAAAAAGCCACAUCUGCAGAAGGAACCUCCACCCCAACAACAGCUCCUUCUUCCCAUCCUGGUGAAACCACCUCUGAGCUCACAACUUUUAUCCAAAGUUAUCAAGCCACUUCGACAGCACUCCUCUCCCCAUCACUAGCUGCAACCAAGGGUGAAGGUGGUCUCCCUGUUGUCACAAUGCCAAAACAGACCACAUCAACCACAACUAAGCUCACAACCGCAACUGGAAGCUCCCCUGCCCUCACCUCAGGACCACAGAUGACCUUCGCAACCACCUCCAGAGGUGAAGCUUUAUCUACCACCAGUAAAACUGCCAAGGUCACUUCAACAGUUGCUUCUUCCACCAUUUCACUGCUCAAAACCACUACAGCACCAAAGACAAUAGGGAAACCCACCGCCUCACGGCAAGCUACCACACUAACUACAAAUGUCACAAGGGCAACUGGCACCACCACAUCGACAACAAAGGUGACCAAAAUUAUUAAGCUUCCAAUUUCAGCGCCAGGUAAGCAUACUGACUUUGACAUUCAUCUGAACAGGGAAGACUCCCACAAGCAGGGGGCCCGACUUGAAUACAAUAUUGGGGGGCAGUUAAGUUCUGCCCAACAGAAUUGAUCACAUGAUGUGGCUCACACACACCAUUUGAAUGGCAGUGGCUGUCAACCCUUGGGAGGGGAAGCCCCCUCAAACAUUUGGGGGUGUGUGAAGGGACUUCGGCCCCUGGGAGUUGGCUCCUAGGCACACAAGUACAUGCAUUUUGAGCUAGGCAGCAGAGCUGGAAGGAAUGCAAGUAUCUGUAGGCUGAGAUAACUGCCCUGAGAUCGUAUAUACGCUGCGGUAUAUAAAUUUAACAAACAAACAAACAAAUAAGGCUGGCGUUAUCCUAACCCUAAGAAGUGGGAUAAUUGAACAUUCACCUUGCACAGCACAUAAACAGGGGUCAGACUACAUCUGGUUUUUAUCAAAAUUGAUAUUAUUAUUAUUGUUAUUAUUAUUAUUUCUCUUUUUUACCAAGCUACUUAUAAUAUAUUAACAAACACAUACAUUAUUAUUAUUAUUAUUAUUUCUCUUUUUUACCAAGGUGAGUAACUCAAAAGAGGGAUGCGUGUGGCGCUGUGGGUUAAACCACAGAGCCUAGGACUUGCAGAUCAGAAGGUCGGCGGUUCGAAUCCCCGCGACGGGGUGAGCUCCCGUUGCUCAGUCCCUGCUCCUGCCCACCUAGCAGUUCGAAAGCACGUCAAAGUGCAAGUAGAUUAAUAGGUACCGCUCUGGCGGGAAGGUAAACGGCAUUUCCGUGCGCUGCUCUGGUUCGCCAGAAGCGGCUUAGUCCUGCUGGCCACAUGACCUGGAAGCUGUACGCCGGCUCCUUCGGCCAAUAAAGCGAGAUGAGCGCCACAACCCCAGAGUCGGCCAUGACUGGACCUAACGGUCAGGGGUCCCUUUACCUUUUUAAGUAACUCAAAGUAACUUAUAAUAUAUUAACAAACACAUACAUUAUUAUUAUUAUUAUUAUUAUUGUUGUUGUUGUUAUUAGUUCUGCAUGGGAGGGAGUCUCACAACUGGGGCAGUACCGCAGAGAAGGGUCUACUCAUGUUCCCCACAAGCAGCCCCUCUCCCUAGUCUCAGCAGGGCCUGGCGGGCUGGUUGAUGGGGCAACUUAUGUGGGAGGGGCUGGAUCUUUUGCAAAGAAAGAGCUGGCUUGUCUUCUUGUGGCUCUUUCUGCAGCUCCAGGUGGAACCAAGAGGCCCCCGCCAAGACCUUCCUGCCCUUCUCUACCUCCAGAUACAGGUAAGCUCUUGUCAUCCAGGGACUGAAGCAUCCGGUGUUGCUGUUCCUAAAUCUCACCUGACUCUGCAAUUUCUCUUCCUGCUUCCUUGCCCUGACGGGACGUGGGACAGUUGAAUGCCUCCCGUCGUGAAAAGCAGGAUAUAAAUGUCUUAAAUAAGUAAAGCAAUUAAAUGGCAGGCGUUUAUACAAGGACACAUGAUGUGGAGAAAAGAUUUUUCUCCCUGUCUGCUAAUACCGGGACUUGUGGCUGAACUGAUGCAGAAAAGGAACAAAUGUGGUGGUUUGUGUGUGAUUUUUUUCCUCUGCUGGCAGGUGGGACCCAGGUCAUCUUGUCAAUGGGCUUGACCACUUCCCUGAAUAUCUCAGACCCCACGACCCAAGAGAUGGUUUUGAACAAGGUGAGGGUUCAUUAUUAUCAUACGGAGUCCUCCAACCAACUUCUGAUUUAACAUGGAGCGAUUUUAAGGGCUUGGUAACCAAAUAUCAGUUCUGUUUGGAUCAGUCAUCAUUCCUUCUCUUAGUAAUAAUGUGAUAAUGUUUUCUGAAAGAUUUAGUCUGAAUCUGAGUGGCCAGUGGCCACCCACUUGGUAGGGCUUUUUAUUGCCAUUAUUAUUAUUAAACCGUCUCAAAAUAUCUGUGGGAUGUAAGCAAUUUUGAGGUAAAGCCAAAAGAUUACAGGAUAUAUUCUUCUUUCUUUGCCAAUCACUCGUAGCCGAGUAAGAUUGUCUUCCAUGAACACGGUCUUAAUAGUGAGUCCAUAAGUGACUAUGGAGGCCAGUUCUGGAUCCACACGUCCUUCCAUAAUGGGGACAUAGGUUUCCAGGUGGGAAGUGAUCAUGGUGUGGAUUUGCCAAGCGUGCCUUCCUCUUAGCACGUUUCUCCCUUUCGUCCUGAGUUUGAGCGUCUUCAAAACCCACAACACCUUUGGUAAAGGCUGUUCUCCAACUGGAGCGCUCGCAGGCCAGUGUUUCCCAGUUAUUGGUGUUUAUACUACAGUUUUUUAGAUUUGUCCUGCGAUAGUCUUUAAACCUCUUUUGUUGACCACUAGCAUUCCACUUUCCGUUUUUAAGUUUGGAAUAGAGUAGUUGCUUUGGAAGACGAUAAUCAGGUAACCGAACAACGUGACUGGUCCAACAAAGUUGAUGUUGAAGAACCAUUGCUUCGACACUGGUGAUCAGAGAGAGGGGCUCACAGUAUUAACACCCCAACAGAGCUUGCUUUGCCAUUAGUGACAGCUUUGGAUCCAUCACAGAGCAAGCAGGUUGCUGCUUCUCCACCUUCCAGGCUGCUUCCAGCUCCGUUUGCAUACCACUCUGGCUAUUGCCCUCUUACCUAGCAGUUGGCUGAGCGGGGUGGAGAAAAGGACCACUCAAUAGCCUGGCAGAAGCCAUCACUUAGGACUCAGCUACAUUGGUCAAAAAAAGUUUUGGAUGCGUUAUAAACAUGCAAAACCAGAUAGCACCAGAGAGCAAAAAAAUUUUAAUGUGUUUUUUACAUAGCGUUUUUUUCCCUUUUGUUGCAAUGAUUUAAUUUCUGACUUAUUUAUAGCAUUUUUUUCCCCUGCAUGAAGAUCAGCCCUUAGUUGAAGCUCUCUCAAUUUAGCUAAUUCUUUUGGGACGCUGAUGAGGACUCGUAAGUGGCCAGCUAAGUUCGUUGUCUUACAAAGAAAUUUGUCUGACCCAUUCAGUAAACUCCUCUGUUAGAUUGUAACCUGCCUGGUUAUAGGAUCCCAGUAACUGGAAAGAAUUCAGGGCCUCAUCCAGACUGAACCCCACCCCACCCUGAACUCACCACGUCAUCUUUAAAUGCUGAUACAGUGGUACCUCGGGUUAAGUACUUAAUACGUUUCGGAGGUCCGUUCUUAACCUGAAACUGUUCUUAACCUGAAGCACCACUUUAGCUAAUGGGGCCUCCUGCCGCCGCGCCGCCGGAGCACGAUUUCUGUUCUCAUCCUGAAGCAAAGUUCUUAACCUGAAGCACUAUUUCUGGGUUAGUGGAGUCUGUAACCUGAAGCAUAUGUAACCCGAAGCGUAUGUAACCUGAGGUACCACUGUACAGUAGUACCUCUGGUUGCGAAUGGGAUCCGUUCAAGAGGCCAGUUCACAACAUGAAAAGAGCGCAACCCGCAGCAGCACGUCUGUGCACGUGCGGGUCACGAUUCAGUGCUUCUGCGCAUGACGUUAUUUUGUGCAUCUGCGCAUGCGUGAGCGACGAAACCCGGAAGUAACCCUUUCCGGUACCUCCGGUUCACCGCGGGACGUAACCUGAAAGAACGUAACAUGAAGCAAACGUAACAUGAGGUAUGACUGUAUCCUUAACAUGAAUUCAUAUAUCUUAUUCAUUUCCCCACCCCCACCCCUGUGUUUGUCUUUUCCUCUCCAGCUGAGUCACGACCUGAAUGCCAACUUCCCCUGCGCUGCCUUCAGUGUGAAAUGGAUAGAGCAGAUCAAGUAAAGCUCUAAAAGACUCACGGCAGCCGUUGGCUGAUCAGAAAUGAAGGCAGAAUGAGCCCCACUAAAGGAAACGGAGAGAUUCUGUAGCAGCUGAGCUCCAGUUCUGAUACAAGAGUGUGAACUGAUUCUGUUUUUCCAUCACAUGCAAAUGGAUAUCUCUAAGUGCAGACCCCUUGCUUGCAAAGUUUGCUCCUUAUGCUUAUCUGCAAAUGGACCAGAGGGUUGGCAUAGCACUGCGGUGAAGAGACUGAGCUACGUACCCGGAAGGUCGUUGGCUCAAAUUUCACUCCUGCCAUGAAUUCACCAGGGGUCCUGGGGCAAGCCCCUUAUCUUUAAUGUGCUGUACUGGUUGUUUUGAGUGCUAUGUUGUCCUGGUCCUUCAGAAACAACCACACCCUUGCCUCGAAUUGGCUAGAUCCUUUUUCCUAAAUAGCAAGAUCUCGAAUUGACUAGAACCCUUCUCUUAAAUGUCAGUCACUGCUGUGACUCUUUCCAUUGGCCAAAAUGCUGAAAUGUGAGGGAAAGCUACCAUAUUUUCCGCUCUAUAAGACGCACCAGACCACAAGACGCACCUAGUUUUUGGAGGAGGAAAACAAGAAAAAAAAUAUUCUGAAUCUCAGAAGCCAGAACAGCAAAAGGGAUCGCUGCGCAGUGAAAGCUUCAAUCCCUCUUGCUGUUCUGGCUUCUGGGAUAGCUGCGCAGCCUGCAUUCGCUCCAUAAGACACACACACAUUUCCCCUUUUUAGGAGGAAAAAAGUGAGUCUUAUAGAGCAAAAAAUACGGUAGUUUCUGGUGAAACUAAUGAGGAAAAUAGCACCUGCACAUGUUGCCUCACAUAUCAGACGCUGGAAUCUUACUUUGAACAAAAAAAAUAAAAAUAAAAAGUGCACAUUUUUUUGUUUGAGAAUUUAGGAGCGGUGCAGAUUUUGAAAGGCAGCUGCAUUUCAGGGACUGCAAAUUAGGUAGUUUUGCAUGGAAAUUCAAACUGAAUCGAACUCGUCCCUCAACCCUAGAAGCCAUCAAGGGGAGACGCUUUUGUGACAAUUGCAGGUGUGGAGCAGCUGACCCAUUAAGAGUCGCCUCAGGAGGACUGCAAAGAGCUCAGUGUCCCAUCUUGUAAUUUCUUCCUUAUUAGAAAUCCUUCUGACACCUCAGGCCAUUAGUGUCCUGCUCAACGCUUCAGGAGUUUGCUAGCUCUGUGACGCCACCGCAAGUAUCCAGUUCAUUAAUUUGGAAAGCUGUCUGGAGGGCUUGAAGGCAAUCCUCCGCUCCUGUGCCCCCCCUCGCCAAAUGCCAGGUUGCGUAACAGCUUAGUCACCUAUUAACUCUUUAAUCAGCUUGGUAAAAUCAGCCUAAUACACCUUUGUGCAGCUGAAUUUGGUUAAAUGUCACCUUGGAGGAAAGUCAAAUGCUUUGUGGUGGUAGCUCCUGAUUUCGAAAAGAAGUUCGGGGAAGAUAUCUGAGAGAGGCUUCCCAAACUGAAUCAAUGAGGAUCAUCACAGAAGGUCCUCAACUCAUGGGAUGCCUACGGUUUUCCAUGGGGAAGAGGCAGGGGAAUAUCUGCAUGGGAUAUAUUUUCCCUAGGGAAACUCACAUGCUUGCGGGCUGUGGACCUAGAUUCAUUGUCUCAAUCAACAGCUAUGGGGUCAUUUCCUCCCCAUACAUUUCCGAGCACAAUUCAAAGUGUUGGUGCUGACCUUUAAAGCCCUAAACAGCCUGGGCCCAGUAGACCUGAAGGAGCAUCUCCACCCCCAUCGUCCAGCCCAGACACUGAGGUCCAGCUCCAAGGGUCUUCUGGUGUUAACCUCACUGCAAGAUGUGAAGCUACAGUGAACCAGGCAGAGGGCCUUCUUGGUAGUGGCACCCGCCCUGUGGAACGCCCUCCCAUCAGAUGGCAAGAAGAUGAGAAAUUAUAUAACAUUUAGGAAACAUCUGAAGGCAGCAUUUUUAAGAUUUGCUGUUUUAUUAUGUUUUUAUAUAUGCUGGAAGCUGCCCAGAGUGGCUAGGGAAACCUAGUCAGAUGGGCAGGGUACAAAUAAUAAAAUUAUUAUUAUUAUU